UGCUCAAUGCUGUUGGUUUUAUGAAUUGUUCAGUUACAAUACUCUCACUUCUCCAGCAAAACUUGCGCGCACUGGUGCAGGACCAUAGAAUCUGCCGUAAGCACCAUAGAAUACUGGAGCUUCGACACUCUUGCCAAUGAUUAUUUCUUCAACAAGCCUUUCUCCAGCAAAUCCACCAUAGGAUCCGUCAUAAUCUCUAGCGUAAAUUCUAUUAUAGACGUCUCCGUAAUAUCUUGGGGCACCAUGAACUCCCUCAUAAACACUACCAUCCUAUCCUGGAACUCCCACUACACCAGCAUCGACACCUCCCUCACCAGCUAAUAUUUCUCCUCUGAGUGUAUCCUUGGCAGCAGCAGACAUGGCUGUGGCCAAGAACAGAACAACAACAUUUUACCCAGUUUUAAGUUUGGUUAAAUUUACCUUUCAGUUAAAAAUGUUUGUUUAAAACAUAGUUUAAC